AUGGAUGUCUUCUACGCAUAUACAUACAGCACAGCGGCAUGGCUAAGCCUGCAGGGCAUUCCGCUGGUCGCAACUCCCAAAAUGAUCAUCAUGAUUCUGCUCGAUGAAUCACGUCCACCUGCGAUGCUCGAAAUCUAUUUCGCGCGGUGUUUCGGCCUAAGCCUCCUCGCCAUCGCCGCCAUGACCAUCAUGCUCACGGGCUCGAUACCCCUCUCCUCAUCCGCCGCAUACUCUAUCUCUACAGAAGGAGAUGACCCUAAGGCACCCUACGCCGUGCCCACGAUUCUCAUGUCAUCGAUAUUCCACGCCUCGUCAGCCUGCUACACAUACGCCUGGUUCCAUACGACAAGGCAGACGAGUUUUGCGCUAGCAAUGGUGAUGUAUGGCGGGUUGGCGUCGGUGGGGCUGUGGUGUUUGUUGUUUGCUAGUAGUGAUGGAAGGAUUAGCAGGAGGACUGGGGCUGAUAAGAGGACGUCGGGGUUCCCUUUUAAAAAUGAGCAGGCGGAUAAGAAGAGGCCGGGAAAGAAGAUGCUCUAG